CCAGUGAACAUCUCUAGGUUCCUUCUCCGAUGCCAUCCGCUGGAGUUGCUUUGGAGGUCUGUAAAUGCAAGACAGCUGAAUGUUGGAUAAUUAGCAAUGGAAGAAAAAAUCUCUAAAAGAACAGCAUCCAUACCCCAGUUUACCAAUUCUCCCACAAUGGUGAUCAUGGUGGGUUUACCUGCUCGAGGCAAGACCUAUAUCUCCACGAAGCUCACAAGAUAUCUCAAUUGGAUAGGAACACCAACUAAAGUGUUUAAUUUAGGACAGUAUCGACGAGAGGCAGUGAGCUACAAGAACUACGAAUUUUUUCUCCCAGACAACAUGGAGGCCCUACUAAUCAGAAAGCAGUGUGCUCUGGCAGCCCUGAAGGAUGUCCAUAACUAUUUCAGCCAUGAGGAAGGUCAUGUUGCGGUUUUUGAUGCCACCAACACAACCAGAGAACGACGGUCACUGAUUCUACAUUUUGCUAAAGAACAUGGUUACAAGGUUUUCUUCAUUGAGUCCAUUUGUAAUGACCCUGACAUCAUUGCAGAAAAUAUCAAGCAAGUGAAACUUGGCAGCCCUGAUUACAAAGACUGUGACCGAGAAAAGGUUCUGGAAGACUUUCUAAAGAGAAUUGAGUGCUAUGAAGUCAACUACCAGCCCUUAGAUGAUGAAUUGGACAGGCCCAGCCAUCUGUCCUACAUCAAGAUCUUUGAUGUGGGCACCCGCUACAUGGUGAACCGAGUGCAAGACCACGUCCAGAGCCGUACAGUCUACUACCUCAUGAACAUCCACGUCACGCCACGUUCCAUCUACCUAUGCCGGCAUGGUGAGAGUGAACUCAACCUCAGAGGUCGCAUCGGAGGUGACUCAGGCCUCUCAGCUCGAGGAAAGCAGUAUGCCUAUGCCCUGGCCAACUUCAUUCGGUCCCAGGGUAUCAGCUCCCUGAAGGUGUGGACCAGCCACAUGAAGAGAACUAUUCAGACAGCUGAGGCCCUCGGUGUCCCCUAUGAACAGUGGAAGGCCCUGAAUGAGAUUGAUGCGGGUGUCUGUGAGGAAAUGACCUAUGAAGAAAUCCAGGAACACUACCCUGAAGAAUUUGCACUACGGGACCAAGAUAAAUAUCGUUACCGCUAUCCCAAGGGAGAGUCCUAUGAAGAUCUGGUUCAGCGUCUGGAACCAGUUAUAAUGGAGCUAGAGCGACAGGAGAAUGUACUGGUGAUCUGUCACCAGGCUGUCAUGCGAUGCCUCCUGGCCUACUUCCUGGAUAAAAGUUCAGAUGAGCUGCCCUAUCUUAAGUGCCCUCUGCAUACAGUGCUUAAACUCACUCCUGUGGCUUAUGGCUGCAAAGUGGAGUCCAUCUACCUGAAUGUGGAAGCUGUGAACACACACCGGGAGAAGCCUGAGAAUGUGGACAUCACCCGGGAACCUGAGGAAGCCCUGGACACUGUCCCUGCCCAUUACUGAGCUCUUUCUAAUAAUCAAAAUCCCUCUGUCCUCACUGUCUUCCACCUUUAUGAGCUUUUUGGCCUGUGCCUUACUGGGAAAGCCCUAUCUCUGGUAAAGAAAUCCAUAGCAGCUCUAAGACACGUCUUUAUUUUUAACCACAAAUAAGAAGCUGCGUAGCUCUGGAUGAAACACUUUCUUAAUUCCUAUUCUCUGAUCAAAAGACUCUUACUGCCUAUCGGAGGACAGGAGGAGGUCACAUUUAGGUUUCUCCUAUUGUUUUUAAGUUCCUGAUCCUGAUUUUGACCUAGCUCUGGUGCUGUAAAUGUGGAAUGGGUGAGGACUUUCUGGAGAGAAGAGUCCUAGGGUAGCACCUCUAAGGAUGGGGGAGAAGAUUCCUUUGCAGUUAGAGUGAACAAGGGCAGGACACCUUCAUCCUUAUACUCAAAACAAUCUGGCACUUUUACAAAGUUCUUUUUCAACUGUUGUUGCUAUCCUGAAUGAUUCCACUGUCUAUGUGAAUUACUCAGCCAACAAUCUGGCCUCCCAGUCUCCUAACCUCAACUCUAUAAUCAUCAUCUCUAUCACUUCACAAAUCUUGGCAUCAUAUCCCUGGUUUGACUUCUUAAAUGCAAGCAUCCCACUCUUACUCAAGAGUCCUUACAAAGGUAGUCAUGGGACAUUUCUUGAAUGAACAGUAUUUUUUCUUUUACAUCAGGAGUGUGGUCCUUUGACGUCUUCAUUGUCUCCCAAUCCAUCCUCUGCUUCCUCAAUACUCUUCCAUCCUUAACCAGUUUGGAUUCUAUGGUCCACCUCUUUAGCCACUCUCCAUGUACCACCUAUAGGUCAGGUACCAGUGACCCAGUGGUAAAAACUUACACACUUGCUGUGGUUAUUCUCUUGUCCUUUCUUCACAGCUACCCAGCGAGAUCCAAACCUUGAACAAUCCACACCUCUUUUUGUUGGGAUCUAUUACAGGUUUGCCAAUGAGUGCUUGAAGUAGAUCUACAUUGAUUUCCCAGCCACUCCUAAAUCCUGUUGAAAGCCAGGGUCACCCUCUAUUCUGUCAUCCUAUCCCAUCCCACCUUCUCAGACUACAUCAGUCAAUUCCUCACUCUUCUAUAUCUACCUCUUGGCCCUCUCUAUUGGCUUUGGACCCAUGGUCUAUGCAAUAUGCUCAAGUCUUUCUCUCUGAUCCCAAGAAAACCCUCCCUUUUUCCCAUGUCCACUCCAAUAACUCCCCUUAUGUUCCUCUAUUCUUACAAAAAUUACUCAAUGAAUCUAUACUUACUAUCCAGAACUCUCUCCUUUUGCCUUCUGUCCCAGAAUUUCCCAAGCUAUUAUGCCCUGGCCUGCUAUGUGUUCCUAGCCCUCUCUUUCACAAGAAAUAUCUGCUUUUUAGCCUCAAGCUAGAGCCCUACAUUCUCUGAAGAGCUAUGUUGAUCUCUAGCUGUCCUGUGAACCCAAAAUGUCAUUCAUGACUACCUAAACACAUUAAAAGACCAAAAAA